GGUGGGUCAGGCUCUGGGCCUGGCAUCCCGGUAGCCGCAGCUGUCUUUUCCGGCACCCGCGCCCCCUCCGCCAGUAGCGGACCCUCCGGCUCUCGGGGAUCACCCCCGAGCGGCUGCGUCCUCCGGUGGGCUUCAUAACCCAUUGGCAACUUCCUCUGCCCGCUGUCGACCAUGGCCAAUGAGAACUCUCCUCUGCUGGCCUACCGGCUCCUGGGGGAGGAGGGGGUUUCCUUCCCUGCCAAUGGGGCCGGGGGUCCUGGAGGGGCGUCUGCCCGGAAGCUGUCCACCUUCCUGGGUGUGGUGGUACCCACGGUCCUGUCCAUGUUCAGUAUAGUUGUCUUCUUGAGGAUUGGGUUCGUGGUGGGCCAUGCUGGGCUGCUGCAGGCUUUGGCCAUGCUCCUGGUUGCCUACUUCAUCCUGGCACUCACUGUCCUCUCCGUCUGUGCCAUCGCUACCAAUGGAGCUGUGCGAGGGGGCGGAGCCUACUUCAUGAUCAGUCGGACCCUGGGGCCUGAGGUCGGGGGCAGCAUCGGCCUCAUGUUCUACUUGGCUAACGUCUGUGGCUGUGCCGUCUCCCUGCUGGGGCUGGUGGAGGCCAUGCUUGAUGUCUUCGGGGCUGAUGCCACGGGUUCCAGCGGGCUCCGCAUCCUACCCCAGGGCUACGGCUGGAACCUGCUCUACGGCUCCUUGCUGCUGGGCCUGGUGGGCGGGGUCUGCACCCUGGGGGCCGGCCUCUAUGCUCGCGCCUCCUUCCUCACAUUCCUGCUGGUCUCCGGUUCCCUGGCCUCUGUGCUGGUCAGCUUUGUGGCUGUGAGGCCCAGGGACAUCCCCUUGACCCCUAGGCCUGGCCCCAACGGCUCCUCCCUGCCGCCCCAGGUUGGCCACUUCACCGGCUUCAACAGCAGCACCCUGAAGGCCAAUCUGGGCGCUGGCUACGCCAAGGACUACACCACGGGGGCCACGAUGACCUUUGCUAGCGUCUUUGCCGUCCUUUUUAACGGUUGCACAGGCAUCAUGGCCGGGGCCAACAUGUCAGGGGAGCUGAAAGAUCCCAGCCGGGCCAUUCCUCUGGGCACGAUUGUUGCUGUUGCCUAUACUUUCUUCAUCUACAUCCUGCUUUUCUUCCUCUCCAGCUUCACCUGUGACAGGAUCCUGCUGCAGGAGGACUACGGGUUCUUCCAAGCCAUCAGCCUGUGGUCCCCGCUGGUGCUGACCGGUAUCUACGCCACAUCGCUCUCAGCCUCCAUGAGCUCCCUCAUCGGCGCCUCCCGCAUCCUCCACGCCCUGGCCCAGGACAACCUCUUUGGAGUGAUCCUGGCGCCGGCUAAGGUUGUAUCCCAAGGGGGGAACCCCUGGGGAGCCGUGCUCUAUUCUUGGGGCCUAGUGCAGCUGGUGCUCCUGGCUGGAAAGCUGAACACGCUGGCCGCUGUGGUCACUGUCUUCUACUUGGUGGCCUAUGCUGCCGUGGACCUGUCCUGCCUGAGCCUCGAGUGGGCCUCGGCCCCCAACUUCCGCCCCACCUUCAGCCUCUUCUCCUGGCACACCUGCUUGCUGGGGGUGGCCUCCUGCCUGCUCAUGAUGUUCCUCAUCAGCCCCGGGGCCGCUGGCGGCUCCCUGCUUCUCAUGGGCCUGCUUUCUGCCCUGCUCACGGCUCGAGGAGGCCCCAGCAGCUGGGGUUACGUCAGCCAGGCCCUGCUUUUCCAUCAGGUGCGGAAGUACCUGCUCCGGCUGGACGUCCGGAAGGACCACGUGAAGUUCUGGCGGCCGCAGCUGCUGCUGCUGGUGGGGAACCCCCGGGGCGCGCUGCCUCUGCUGCGGUUGGCCAACCAGCUCAAGAAAGGGGGCCUCUAUGUGCUGGGCCAUGUCACCCUGGGAGACCUCGACUCCCUGCCCUCGGACCCCGUGCAGCCGCAGUACGGGGCGUGGCUGAGCCUGGUGGACCGGGCCCAAGUGAAGGCCUUCGUGGACCUCACCCUCUCGCCCUCCGUGCGCCAGGGGGCUCAGCACCUGCUGCGGAUCUCAGGUCUUGGUGGCAUGAAGCCCAACACGCUGGUCCUGGGUUUCUACGACGAUGCUGCACCCCAGGACCACUUCCUGACGGACCCAGCCUUCUCUGAGCCUGCGGAUGGCACCCAGGAGGGCGGGUCCCCGGCCCUGAGCACCCUGUUCCCUCCACCCCGGGCUCCGGGAAGCCCUCGGGCUCUCAGUCCCCAGGACUACGUGGCCACGGUGGCAGACGCCCUGAAGAUGAACAAGAAUGUGGUUCUGGCCCGGGCCUGUGGAGCCCUGCCCCCCGAGCGGCUAAGCCGGGGAUCUGGGGGCACCUCUCAGCUGCAUCACGUGGACGUGUGGCCCCUCAACUUGCUGCGGCCCCGGGGCGGGCCCGGCUACGUGGAUGUCUGCGGCCUCUUCCUGCUGCAGAUGGCAACCAUCUUGGGCAUGGUGCCUGCUUGGCACAGUGCCCGCCUGCGGAUCUUCUUGUGCCUGGGGCCUCGCGAGGCGCCAGGGGCAGCCGAGGGGCGGCUCCGGGCACUGCUGAGCCAGCUGAGGAUCCGGGCCCAGGUGCAGGAGGUGGUGUGGGGCGAGGGGGCUGCGUCGUCCCAGGAGCCUGAGGAGGAGGAGGAAGGGGACUUCGUGAACGGCAGGCGGGGAGACGCCGAGGCAGAGGCCCUGGCAUGCAGUGCCAACGCCCUGGUUCGGGCCCAGCAGGGGCGCGGCGGAGGAGGGGGGCCUGGUGGCCCUGAGGGUGGGGAUGGUGAGGAGGGGCCCGCCACCGCCCUGACCUUCCUGUACCUGCCUCGGCCACCUGCUGACCCUGCUCGCUAUCCUCGCUACCUGGCGCUGCUGGAAAUUCUGAGCCGCGAUCUGGGCCCCACGCUGCUCAUUCACGGCGUCACCCCUGUCACUUGCACUGAUCUCUGAUGCCCAUUCCAAGUAGAGAGUGUCCAGGUAAUUGUAAUCGGGUGGCCCACCUUGAUUACGGGGUGAGGAGGGGAAGGGCCGCCUUCCACCCGCCUGGCACAUGGGACUCGGACCCUGGUGGAGGUAUUAGGGGAUCCUGGUCUCUGGCAUCUCUCGGUCUCUGGGAGAGGGGCCCCGGUGCACUAACUAACGCGGGGCAGCUGUCUCCGCCACCACGGGGGAGGGCCCCCUCCCCCCGCUGGCCUCCCUCCCUUCACCCGUGCCUUGACGGGGGCUGGGUCUCCGCUUGUGACUCUAGGCUACCUCAGUCUCCCCACCUCGCCCAGCAGACUCCCCGACCACUGGGGUUUUGAUGUUUUUGUUCUGUUUUAUUUUUCUAACUGCCGAACGUGAAUAAAAGAUCAAGACACUA